UGGAAGAAGAGCCUAUAUAUGAAGAUAUGGCAACCGAGGAACAGCCGCAGGAUAGCGAUGUUGAAAACCAGCCGAUAGACCCCGAGUUGUGGAAAGAUGGCGAUAUUGUUACGAUAACCAAGCCUGGGCCAUACAAGAUUACUGCUUUGGUGUGUAACAAACGGCCAACAGUUGCAGAGACAGAAACACCCGAGGAAGCUGCUGAAACUAUAAUUGACGGAGGUGAUUCAGAAACAAAGGACACAAACGGGGUGUCAAUGGUAAAACCCAAAGAACACGGCGAGGAAGGUGAUACGGGGUUCAACAGUGCGUCAGUUGAGGAUGAUGAUAAUUCAGAAUCAGACGAGGGUACGACUGAGACAUCUUCAGAGGAUGAAAAGAGGCGGCCUCUAAGCAGAACAGCCGUAAUAUGUACCUGUUGUUUUUAUGUGAAGCAAGAUGUUAAAAAAAAGUCUGUAAAAAGUAAGGAGAGUGACCAGAAAAGCUGUGAAGAAGAAGAAGAUGCCGUUAUGGCUGAUAUUAUUAGAGCUGUUGUAGUAAAAGCCUUUUACCACUGUUUGAAAAAACAACUUUUGGAAAACUGUGCAGCCUGCGCUGUAAAUAAGUCCAACCCUUUUAGUCACCCUUGUAUUUUUUGGGAUCGCUCAGAAGUAUUUUACCAGCUUAGACGUAUUUCUUCUAAACUGAACGCGGCCCAGCUGGUAAAUGUAAUUAUAGCUGAAGGCUACAAACUGAAAAAGCUUAACAUAACCACUGAAACUAUAACCAAAGUUGUUAAAAUGAUUAGGGAGGUUGGAAAAUCAUCUGACCCGGUGGCCUUGCUGGUAGACCUGUCAAAAGAGGUGGCCCCCGAUAUUGGCCGAGCGGUGUGUAGCAGGGUUUGUCAAAUGGAUUAUAAAACUUUUUACAUGCAAGCUUGUGACCCUAGAGGCUUAAAAAAUAUAUAUUAAUUAAGAUGCAUUGUACAAAUUUGUAUUAUUUUGCUUAUGCGUUAAAAAUGUAUGUGAUUGUGCAGUAUAUUACAUAGCCAAUUGGUGUGUAGCGGGGUUUGUCAAAUGGAUUAUAAAAGUUUUUACAUGCAAGCUUGUGACCCUAGAGGCUUAAAAAAUAUAUUAAUUAAAAUGCAUUGUUAAAAAAAAUUGUAUCACAGUUUUUAUAUUAUUUUGCUUAAGCGUAAAAAAAGUUAUGUAAUAGUAUCGU